GGACUGAUAACGCAGCUGUUUUUGUGUGCUUUUGUUCAGUUUUGAUGUGCAUUGUUCAUUUGCAUGUGCAAUUGAGAUUAUAGAGACUUGUUUAAGCUAUAUGAGAUUUCGACUCAAGUGUGUUUUCGAUAGAGAAUUUACUGUAUUUACACGGAGCUAGUUUUUCAGUGUCGGUGAGUGAUGAGUGAUUGCUUACAAUGAGCUAUGCGAGUUGCAAUCUGCCGAAAUUGAAAUGUAAUUGCAGAUGAUGAGAGUGUGGAACUCAAAGGUGCAUGAAGUAUGGAAGCCUUGUAUUCCAAAAGACAUUCCGAAAGCAGAAUUACCAAAGUCAAACGGUUUAUUCAUAAUUGAAGCAAACGGUGGGUUGAACCAGCAACGGUUAUCGGUAGCCCUAGAUGCAGUUGCUGUGGCUGGACUCCUAAAUGCAACUCUUCUGAUUCCGAUCUUUCAUCUUUGGAGGGACUUGAGUCACUUUGGGAACAUAUUCGAUGAGGAUUUCUUCAUCCAUGCUCUCAGAAAUCACGUUAAUGUGGUCAGGGAACUCCCAGAAGAUAUACUUCAGCAGUUUGACAAUAAUAUAAGCAACAUUGUGAAUUUGAGAGUGAAAGGUUGGUCAAGUUCAACUCACUAUCUCCGUAAGGUCCUCCCGAAGUUAAAGGAUAUGGGGGCCGUGCGCUUUGCACCUUUUUCAAAUAGAUUGGCUCAUGCAGUUCCUUCAGAUGUCCAAACCCUUUUAGCCAAUUUUGAAGCACUGAGAUUCUCAGAUUCAAUAAGGCUGCUUGCAGAUAAAAUGGUUGAUCGAAUGGUCAAAAGUAGCGCCGACAGUAGAGGCAAAUAUGUUUCAGUACAUCUUCGCUUUGAAGAGGAUAUGGUUGCAUUUUCAUGCUGUGAAUAUGAUGGUGGGGCAGAAGAGAAACAUGAAAUGGAUAUUGCUCGAGAAAGAAGCUGGAGAGGAAAAUUCAGGAGGAGUAGAAUAAUAAGGCCAGGUGCAAAUCGUAUUGAUGGGAAAUGCCCUUUAACACCAUUAGAGGUAGGAAUGAUGCUCAGGGGCAUGGGAUUUGAUAAUACCACCUCAGUAUACAUUGCGGCUGGUAAAAUUUAUAAAGCAGAAAAGUACAUGGCUCCCCUUAAACAGAUGUUUCCACGCUUGCACAUGAAAGGCACACUGGCCACUUCAGAAGAAUUUGCCCCUUUAAAGGGCCACUCAUCUAGGUUGGCUGCUCUUGAUUACACGGUGUGCCUCCAUAGUGAAGUUUUUGUCACCACUCAGGGGGGUAAUUUUCCCCACUUCCUGAUGGGCCACAGGCGCUAUCUUUAUGGAGGACAUUCGAAGACAAUCAAGCCUGAUAAGCGUAAAUUGGCACUGAUGUUUGAUAAUCCUAGUAUUAGAUGGGAAGAUUUUAAGCGACAGAUGCAAGACAUGCUUAGCAGUGACCAGAAGGGUGUUGAAGUAAAGGUGAAACCCAGUGCGUCACUUUAUACAUUUCCCAUGCCAGACUGUAUGUGUAAGGAAGGAGAAGCUAUAUAUGAAAAUAGUAACACAACAACAUUGACUUUGAAUACGUAAAAAUUGUCAGUAGAGACUUACAAUUCUUAGUUCACCUGUAAUUUAUUGUAUCAUUCAUUUAUCUUUACCAAAAUAGUGCAUCACUCAUUAUUAGAGUAUCCUUUCAUUUGUGAAGAGAGGGUAGUGUAUACAAGAUACUCAAUUGGUUUAGUAACCAUGCUGGAUCAGUAGUCUGGUACUCACAUUCAUAGUAUAUGGACAUUAACCGAUAUAAUUAAUUUGUAUUACAUCAAAAAA